CUCGAGCCGUUCGAAGCAUGGGGUGCUUGCUCAUGGCGAACCUCUUCAUAUACAUGGCAAUGUUAGAGAUCUCAUCGUUCAACAGAUCUUAACUGGAUUCACUCAGGUUUACAAGAACAAUGAGCUCAAGAAAAAAAAUGAAAAACUUUAGUUGCUGGCAAAACGGGAUGUGGAGAGGAGGACACUCAACUACUUGACCUUAGGAAGGUAUGUGCCUCCAAAUAAGAUCAGUCAAAGAGCCUAAUCGUCGUUCCUUCCCGAUUCCAGCGAGAGAAGCAAGAUUAGAGCAGUGGUCGAUAACAUGCUGAGACUAUCUUAGUGUGGUGUACAAUUUCACUUUUCAGCGUGUCAAAAAUUGUGUCUUUCUUAGGGAAAAAGUUUUGAAAUGGGAGUAACCUUUGCGGUAGAUCACGUUUGGUAUUAAAAUUUGUUUUCAAAUCCUAUAAUAAAGAUUUUGUCGAAAUACGCCAAAUGUGGCAUCCUGUGGUUUACACAACAUGUAGUCUUAGUCAGGGAGGCAAAAUUUCUCAAACUUCUUAUGACUGCUCACCACCGUCCGAGUCAAAGAGUGGUUGUCAUUUUUGAUAGAAGCGACGCAAUCCACAGAUCACUGACACGUACUGACAGCUGCUCUGAUGUAUGUACAGAAUAAUGCGAACUCCUUAAUUAUCCGCCUAUCGUGACUUAUAAUUAUGUGUUUACCAAUCGGGACUUAAUUUGCUAAGACGCUAAUCGCGCGGAAUCAAUUUCUUACGCAUUCAUGCAGUAAGGAGUAAUUAUACAAAAGAGUGCUUGAACAGCGUUUGUCUCUCGGCAGGAGUGAAAAUAUCGGAUUAAUGCUUCUGCUUGAUUUUGGUCGUUAACAGAGAAAACGUUACAUCCAGGGCAUCUGGGUGAGUCGUGCUUCUGAUAAAGCGGCCGUAAACAUUGGGAAGAUUCGAAGAGAGUAUCGAAAGUCAAAAUGCGGAAAAGAAUUCUUAUUUAUGUAGUCGUUAAACUGAAUAUCACGUAGAUAACAAUCAGUAACUUUAGCUCAGGAGUCCACCGACGAAAGAGUGAGCGACACUCAUCGCCAUAAAGCCAUGUUGACACGACAGCUCUCAAAUAGUCGGAAGAAAACUGACCCGACGGAACUUGGAAGAAGGAGGUCCGGCGACGGAGGUGAAAAAGACUCGGGAUCAAUUAUGCCUCAGAAUGGUUUAAGUUGGUGUGGAAGGGGUUUUGAUGAAGAAACAAUGGCUAGUACACGAAACAGUGGUCAAAGGUUCUUUGAAAGCGACAGGGCCGUUGAAAUGAUGACAUUUCCACCCAUGUCUCGGGUGAGCAAACAUGGAGAAUCAAAUAAUCGAUUAAUUUCCUCUUGUUCGUCUCAUCGCAGUAAUGCGGUGAAAAAUGGGGUAGAUGAAAAUACAGAACGUCUGUCGCAUUUUCCCGCUCGCAGAGCAAGUUUCCAAGCUUCCAUUCAAGGUUUAUCUCUGUUGAAAAUGCCGGAUCGUGAGAUCACUCGAAAUAGAAGUUUUUCAGACAGCCAGGCAGAGGAUACAACGAGAAUGACAGACAAGCAAAGGAGUAAACUAGAACGUUUGAAGCUACAAAUAUUUGAAGAUAACACUAAGAGAAAGUGGGGCCGAAAAGUAAGUGGAAACAAAGCAACUGAUAGCACACACACUGAUGUUACCGAGGAAACUAAACUUCCUGUUUUGAUCGGGGAGUCAAUGGAGCAUCACUUGAGAAGUCACGAGACACCAAUUAUGGUUCUGAAACCUUUAUCAAUGUUUGCUUCUCGCUCAGAUUUGGAACCAACCGACAGAGGAACAACAUUGCAAAAUCAAAAUUUCGGUAGGGAUGCUGUUUUUAAACUGGCCCGACAUGACAGCGCAUCCGACAAAUUUGACGCUCCGUUGGAUAUGGACCCAUUGACAUCUACAUAUUAUGAAAACCACCAAGUUUCUAAGCAGAACUCUAAUGGACAUGAUUUUGAACUCUCGCCUCCAUCGGUCGCUGAAGAAGGUGACUUCGAGUCCAUCACUGUUGUUAUGGGACGGUUACGAACGCGAUCUGAACCUGGCGACUUAGCGUCCCGAAAAGUAUCGAUGGUGCAUCAGCUUCAAACUCGUACCAGGUCGGAAAAUAACGAAUUAAAAACAAAAGUCCAGUCGUUUGUUAAGAAACCACUGCCAGCUUUACCACCCUCGACACUGCGCGUGAAGAAACAAAUUAUAAGCGAAGUCACUGGCCAUUCAAUUUCGGGAACACAUGCUAACACUACCUCGUUGCCCCGUGAAAGAAGAGAAGGCACAGUCAAUAUUCACACCUGUCCCAAUUUGAACAUGUUUUCUGAUCGUUCUUGGAUGUACCAGGAUAUUUCUCGCAAUAGGCAUAGAUACAUUAGAGGGCCAGCCACACCCGUCCCACCCGUGGAUUUCGUAUUUCGCAAGGACAAAUCUUGAACGCCGCAGUUCUUAUAAUAUAUCAUGCGUGAAUAGGAUCUUGUUGUCUUUAGAUCAUCAUGUCAACAAUGACAUGUACAAAAGAUCCCAAGCGAACAGAGUACUUAAAACUUUAAAUCUGAACUAAACUGAUUUAUAGUGGAUAAAGGGGUAAAUUUCUUAAAACUCUGUGGUUCUGCGUCGGGAGAGUAUUAAGUUGAUAACGUAAA